AUGAAUGAGAUUGCUCCUUCUCCAGCAACGCAUAUCUUGAUAACAACCGAUACGGGUAAUCCCAUAGUUAGUGAGGAUCAAAUUCUUCUACAACGAAUUUCAGAUGACCAACUUCAGUCCUUCCAAUUAACAAAAGAAAUAAUGAGGGCAUUUAAUUUAAUUGUGAAUCUGGUAGAUACUAAUACUAGUGGUGAAAACGGUACUCCUGCUACACCUCUUGCCAGUGUUAGUAGAAAUAUAGAAAAAAAUGACACUUCUGAACCUGAACUUGGAUUAAAAUGGACACAACAGCAAACCUUAUUAUUAAUUAGACUAGUGGAAUCAAACUAUGAGAAAUUUAAUGAAGGACUUAAGAAAAAUGUUUGGUUGAAAAUUGCUAAAGCAUUGUCAGACAUGACAAACAAAAAAUUUACUGCUGAACAGUGCGAUACCAAAUGGAAGGGUCUUAAACGCACCUAUAAAACAAUUAAAGACCAUAAUAAUAAAUCGGGCAAUGACAGGAGAAUAUGGGAAUUCUUUGCUGCUAUUGAUAGUUUUUUGAGUAAAAAACCAGAAAUUGAACCUUUAAGCAUUUGUAGUACCAUUACUAAUAAACUCGAACUAAGGGUAGAUCCUUCUACUGCUGAGGAGAGUACCAGUUCAAAUGAAGCAGUUUGUGCAGUACCCAUGCUUGCAGUUACCCCUCGAGGUACACCGGCUAAAAAAAGAAAACAAUGUGGGGGAGUUGUUGAACACCAGACAGGGCAAACCAUAUCAGAUGACUCAGACUAA